AUGAUGCGCCUGCAACCACCCCGGGUCUGCGCCGCUGCUUCCCGGCAUACGCACGCGGUCAGACUCGCGUCGCGGCCUGCUAGUUUACCCCUCAGAGCCGCCCAAGCGGCCCGCGCGUGCCCAAGAGCGCGCCGGCCCCGCCCGCCGCGCGCCUCCGUGGCCACCGACGGGGCGGCGACUGGCUCCAGCGGGGGCGCGGGCGACGUGGCGGGCGCGGGCGAGGAGCGCCUGCCGCUCGACGAUCUGAAUAUCCACCCGCUGCUCGUGGAUGCGCUGUACGAGCAGGACAUCGUCGAGCCGACCGAAAUCCAGGUGAAAGCGGCGCCGGUGAUUCUGGGCGGGCAGGACGUGGCGAUUCGGAGCUACACGGGGAGCGGGAAGACGCUCGCGUUCCUCCUCCCGAUCCUGACCGCGCUGUUCCACCAGCUCGAGGAGGACCGCGCGCUCGGCGUCAGGGACGACAAGGCCGUCAAGUGCCUGAUAGUGGCGCCCAGCCAGGAAUUGGCAAUGCAGAUAGUGCGAGUGGCACGGUCGAUCCUUCCUGAGCAGCUGCGCCCGACGGUGCAGCAGGCGAUCGGCGGGGCGAACAUGGAGCGGCAGAUCCAGGCGCUCCGCGACAACCGGCCGCUCGUCGUCGCGGGCACGCCGGGCCGCCUGUCCACGCUCAGCCGCCUCGGCAAGCUCGGCACUCACACCACCAGGUUCCUCGUCCUCGACGAAGCCGACCAGCUCCUGGCGCGCACGUUCGCGGACGACAUGGAGCGCAUCAUGAAGCACACCGGCCGGCGCACGCCCGGCGGCCGACGCACCAUCAUGACGUCGGCCACCAUCUCGCCCCAGACCGUCAUGAAGGCCGAGAAGCUCGGGUGGAUCCAGGCGCCGGAAUUCGUGUACACGGGCGAGCUCCGGCAGGCGCGCGCCCGCCCCGCGCGGGACCCGGAGUCCCCCGCGCCCGUCGACCACAGCUCCGCGGGCGGCGCCAGCGCGAGCGACACCACCCCGGACCUGCCCCCCAACCUGCGGCACGCGUGCGUGCUCACCGCCGCCCGCCACCGCGUCGACACGGCCCGCCGCGUCAUCCACGCGUCCGGCGCGCUCAAGACCCUCAUCUUCGUCAACCACCAGCGCCGCACGAAGGACGUCGUGUUCAAACUGCGCGCCCGCGGGCUCCUCGUGGAGGGUCUGCACGGCGAGCUAGGCAAGCAGAGGCGCCAGGACGUGAUGCGGCGGUUCCGGCUCAGGCCCGGGGACGCCGGGUACGACAACGACCGUGGGCUGGACGUGCUCGUCGUGAACGACGUGGCCGCGCGGGGCCUGGACGUGCCCGAGGUGGGGCUGGUCAUCAACCUCGAGAUGCCGUCGAACGCGGCGCACUACGCGCACCGCGCGGGGCGGACGGGCCGCGCGGGGCGCGAGGGGCUGGUCGUGAGCGUGGUGGAGGAGGGGCCGGAGAUGACGGCGGUGGAGCGGAUCUCCAAGGGGCUGGGGGUCGCGAUCGAGCGGGGGAGGGUUGGCGGCGGGCGGAUCAAGCUGGACGACGCGCAGGAGGCCGAGGAGGAGGAGGACGCCGAGGAGGAGGAGCAGGAGGCGGACUGA